AUGUGUAUUAUUAUCCCACACCUUACAGUAAUUUACCGCCAUAACAGAGCCCCAUUGAAAAACAUAAUCGUACGAGUGCAAGACACCAUAUGGCCGCUGUGGCCGUCAACCAUGUCCAAAGACAUAAAUGGGCAAGUUAUCGUCACAGAUGGAAUGCUAUUGCGUUGGGGCAGCCUUGCCGGUGGAGGGGGACCUCCCGCGCAACCUGCGCCUCGUCCCUCGCACAUAGUGCCUCGCCCGCGCAGCCGUGCGAUUACACGCGCAAUAAGAUGUUGGGUG